AAACGCAAUUACUUAGCAAGCUUUAUGUGACAUUUUUUGGUUUCCGAUCUACGCGAGCUAACCAUGAUGGUGCGUCCUACUCUUUAACAUUUUCAUAUCCGUCAACAUAUUGCAAAGAGCCAUCUUUACUUUUUUCUAUUCUUAUGCGUUACCGCCAACCAUACCAUUUUCACUGUCACUCUUUCUUCUUGGAUUUUCUUAAGUCAAACCUUUCUUGGGCGCCUGUGCGUACCAUAACCAUACUAUUACAAUGAGAGCAUUGUUAUAUGUGGCUGUAGCAGCGGCUGCCAUAGCUCAAGCCCAGGCAAAGGCUGUUUUUGCACAUUUCAUGGUUGGCAACACAGAGAAUUACACAUCCGCCGAUUGGGAAGAUGACAUGCGUCUGGCCAAAAGGGCCCAUAUCGACGCGUUUGCCCUCAACAUGGCCCACGGGGAGGCUGUCAACGAAGGCGCACUAGUGGCCGCCUUUUCAGCCGCAUCUUCUAUAGGCAUCCAGCUUUUCUUUUCGUUCGACUAUGCUGGGAACGGACCUUGGCCUCAAGACACAGUCGUCCAGUAUAUCAACCAGUUCGCCUCCAGCAGCACGUACUUUCAUUACAACAACAAACCAUUUGUCUCGACCUUUGAAGGUCCUGAUAAUGCCAACGACUGGAUUACUAUCAAGGCUCAGACAGGGUGCUUCUUCAUGCCAGAUUGGUCUUCUCUCGGCGCUAAGAAGGCUAUGGCCGCCGGUGGAGGUGUCGCUGACGGUCUCUUCUCCUGGGCGGCUUGGCCCUGGGGCUACUGGGACUCAUGGACGUAUUCCGACGCUUCGUAUCGCGACUACUUAGGUGGAAAGCCUUAUAUGAUGCCCAUCUCGCCGUGGUUCUACACCAAUCUGCCGGGUUAUAACAAAAACUGGUUGUGGCGUGGAGACCAUAUUUGGGGUGACCGCUGGUUCCAAGCAUCAUGGUGGCAGCCAGAGUUUAUCGAGAUCAUCUCUUGGAACGACUUUGGAGAGUCUCACUAUAUCGGCCCCGUCAGAGAACAUGCAAUGGGCGCUUUCGAGGUUGGGAAGGCUCCGUACAACUACGGCACCCUUCCACACGACGGGUGGAGAGAUAUUCUGCCUUUCGUCAUCGACAUGUACAAGAAGAACUCCAGCACCAUUGACUACGAGCGCGCUGUGGUCUGGUACAAGCUCGUUCCUGCCAUUGCCGGAACAGCGAUUUGCGACAGAAACGGCACCGUGGCUAACACGGCAUCACAGUUGCAGAUUGAAUACCUGCCCGAUGAAGUCCUGGAUGACAAAAUAUUUUUUAUCGCGCUCCUCGGUAAGAAGUCUAAGGUUGAGUGCAUCAUUGGUGGCGUUUCUGUGGAAGGCAUCUUCUACCAAGGCCCAGAGGGCGACGGCGCCGGCAUGUACCUCGGCGAGUGCAGUCCUAGGAAUUAUGAGGGGACCGUGGAAGUAAGAAUCACCAGGCCCGGAGAACUAACCUUGCAACUCUUUGGCGAGGAUGUUUCCUAUGACUGCUCGCGUUGGAACGGUUUCAGCAACUUCAAUGCCUAUGUCAUGAGCGGGAUAGAUCCCAGCUCCUUUUCGGCAGAAGCAGACGACUAUUCCGAGCUAGCUUGCGUCAAUGGUACAGGAAUGCCAAAGGCCGAUACACUUUGCCAAUUUACUUGCUCUCUCGAUUAUUGCCCGCCAGGCGCGUGCGUUUGUACGAGGUUUGGAAAAAAGCCUGUCAGGCCGAAAUCCACGGGCGUAAAGGGGUACCCCGUCGCCAAACUCGACGCAAGUUUCGGUGGUCUUUGCUCCUUCGCCUGCGACUACGGCUUCUGCCCCGAGAGUUACUGCACAACUACGGAAGUUGCACUGCCCGUCUGGCCGGAGUCCCUGUUUGACCCGCCAUAUUGCACAGAGGGCAAGUCGUUCGAUGGGACAUUCGACGAACUCUGCCAGUUCAGUUGCGCUCACGGGUUUUGUCCCAUUGGAGUGUGCCGCUGCCUCGCUACGGGAUUUCUCAACCUGCUAGAUCCCAAUACCACGUCCACUGCGGGCACUUUGGCAGGCAUCAAUGACUACGGCCUGUGCAAUUACGCUUGUUCUCGCGGUUUCUGCCCUAGCAAUGUCUGCUUCGAAGACACGGACCUGGCGGAGAUUGGCUACGGACCGUACUACGACCCAGUCGAGGACGAAUACUUUGACAACGAUGACCCAGGUGACUUGACGUGUCAAGUGUCUCUGGCUCCCAAGAACCUCGAUGAUAUGGUCAAGGCGGUUGACGAUGCUAGCAUACCUUCCAUUUGCUGGAACCAAUGGGCCCUCAAUAUUUUAUUCAACACACUCCUAGACUUCAACGAUGAGUUCACCGCAAGCGCAAAGGGUUAUGAUAAUCUGUUCGAUGCCUAUGAUGGAUGGGUCAAGGACAGUGUCGGGGCACAGCUUGAAUCUUUCAUGGCCAUUGACACGGGCAAGGGAAACCAGUACUUUGACUGUGUGCUCACCCUCGACCUUCACAAGUACGACAAAAUGGGCUGCCAGUACCUUGGUCUGAAUAAGCUCGAGGAAGGAGCUUGGACAAUUGAGUACACGCUGCGGGAUUCUGACGGCUUCUACGCUGCUGUACUCGAUCAAUUGGGUAUAGAGAAGGACUGGAUUGCCUUCGGUCCCAUUGACCUCCCAUCCGGGUGCCGCGAUGCGGGCUCCGACAAACCAGUGGGCGGUGGCGGGCGACCUUGUAUCAAACUGACGCACAAGAAGAUCAACGCCCCUAUUUCGGUCAGUAAGGAUAAGAUCAAAGUACCUAACCCUAAGGAAGUCAUCCAAGCAGCCAUGCCCAAUAUGACAGCACUUGCAGACUCGCUGAUGGUGGCACAAGUCGACCUGACGCUGCACACGAACGAGGCGGACGGCGGCGACAUCGUCACGGCGGCAAGCAUGCCCAUAUUCAUGCUGGAGCAGGCUAUCCGCAGUAUGGAUAACAUCAAAGAAAUCGGCGGGAAGAUCAUCGAGGAAAACAAGAAGAGGCUCAUCCUUGAAAUCCUGAGCAUUGUCCUGAUUGCAAUCCCUUUCAUCGGCGAGGCUGGAGGCGCCCUGUUCGGCGGAGUAGUCAUGGUCUCCCGUAUUGCGGCCCUAAUCGACGUUGCCGGCUCUACGGCCCUCACCGCGUACGACAUUGUCCAGGAUCCGUCUUCGGCACCCUUUGCAAUCUUGGGCUUGUUGGUAGGCGGGUUCGGCGGCGGCGUCAGGUCAGAGAAGGAGGCCUUUGGCGAGGCAGCUAAGGCUCGCAAGGGAUUGUCUGCUUCUGACAUUGCCAAGUUUGGAGAUGACUUUGUGGCGAAGGACUCAAAGGUGCAGAAGAUUGUAAACGGUUGCCUGAGGGCAUAGACACGAGACGGCACUGGGCUCUUUCAUGGCCGCUAGGCGACUUGAGUUCUUUUCCGCGGGCACAUAAUAGAGAGUACCAAUACAGCUAUUGAAGUAGAUGAGUGUCGCCAAGGAUUCUUGCCCAUUUGAAAUGAAGAUUCCUAAAGGAAUUUUGUCUGAGGCGAUGCUGGGAUAUGGUGAAAUCAAUUUGACGAAGCAGCUCUGAAUGAAAAACACGGGCCAGUGUCAGGUCCAUUGAGGUUUUGCUGCCUAGUUCCAAAAUAGUUUUAUCGUUGUUGUUUUUACUUGCAAUC